AUGAAUUCACCCAAUGAAUUCACCCGGAUCCUGAAGUCUGAAGAUCACGGAAGUACUCUGGAUGUGUUUGAAGACGGGGAACCGGUGGAUCCAGGCAAGCCAUCGGUGCUUGGUCGCAGAUCAUAUGUCGAUGACAUCCUAAUCCCCGCCAACAACUGGGAUCAAACAUGUGAUCGAGUCGAAGGUUUACUCGAAGCGUGUAAUAAAGUUUUGGGGGGAAUGCCUAAGGUGGAAUAUCUCGGGCAUAAGGUCUCUUACAAUGGACUAGAGGCGAAUCCGAAAGAUCUGUCUGCAUUGACUGAUCUAGCAUUUCCAGGAUCACUCAGAGCUAUGCAGUCAUUUUUGGGAAAUCAAGGAUCGCAGGGAGAUCGGGGUGUCGACCACCGAAAGGCCUUGGAUCUGGAGGCGCCAAAUUCUACUGAGGUGGAUCCGCGUUGGAUCCAUGCCCAUCGAUCCUUCAGUGUGCUUAAAACCAAGAUCGCUACCACUCCGAUCUUACGGCAUUUCGAUCCAGAUCAGAGAGCCACGGUUGUGGUGUAUGCUAGCGAUUGGGCCAUUUCGGGAUCAUUGAUGCAGGAAUAUGACCAGAUCUACUACCCUUCGAAUGAGCUAAACAAUGGCAUCGCGGAGAAAGAGGUAUUAGCCCUUCCGAGGAUCCUGGAUCUUAACCACAAUGCACUGGUCGGACGCCCGAUCCACAUCCACAGCCCUACAGGGACGUCUGGGACAGUGGGCUGCUCUGUUGUCGCCAUGGACUCUCGAGAUCACCAAGUGUGUCAAGGAGAGGACGAGAUCUUAGGAUCAUUGGCGGCCAGCAUUACCCCUAGAUCCGAGGUGGAUAAGGCAUUAACCUCUAUUGCCCCAAAAAAGGAGCCAAGACGCAAGAUCCAGGCUCCGACCCUCACCAUUGGACGCGGUGAGGAUCUAUACGUCGUUAGUUUCGACGGAUCUGCUCGUGUCAAGAGAGGUGGAGGCGCAUACAGCGCGAUAUUGGUGUUGAAGGCUAGAUCGGGGUACGCCGAGGGCUUGACGGUGAACGAGGCGGAAUAUCAUGGGCUGUUGCUAUGUUUGGAUCUGUUGGAAGAUCUGGAUCCACGACGUCUGGUGAUCUGUGGAGGCUCAAACCUGGUGAUCCGACAAGUACGAGGUGAGAUCGAUUGUAAGGCACCGGGUUUGACAUUGUUGGGCCAGCGGGCUUUGUAUCGACUCCGCGCUUGGCCGGAUCACGAGUUAUUGCAUGUUAAGCGAGAUUGGAAUGGGAGUGCCGACAGCCUAGCAAGUGCCGCACUACAACGACAAUGCGGGGUCGGGGUUGAGACUGAAGAGGAGACCCAGGAUAUAGUGACCUUGAACCGGUUGAAUGAGAUCCUGAUAAUGAAGACCGAAGACGAGAUCGCAUAG